UUAGAGAUUAGGAUAAUUAGAUUCCUCAUUACGUCAAUUCCUGUCAAAUUUGGAAUGGAAGCUUCAUGUCUUGGCAUCUAGCCUAACUUAAUCCUCUUCAUUCUCUCUCUUUCUCUCUCCUUUGAAAAUUCCUUUCACUUUACUGGUCAAUGCCAGAGAAUUAGAUUCUUUACUGUUUUUCACUUUUUUUUUUUUUUGUUCUCAUUUUCCAGAUUAAUGGCUGAUUAAUUAUCACAAUUUUAUGCAGGAUCUCCUAUUCCUUCUGAAGCCAGAUCUUCGUUGUUGAUGCUUUCAUAAUCCACUACUUCUGUGGAUUAUGACAUCAACUUUCCCAUCAAAUUUCAGGAUUCUUUUUUUUUUUUUUUGAAUCUGUCAUUUUUCUGGGUUGAUUUUAUUUUGGAAAUUGGCUCCAUAAUUUUUCAAUAAUUUGAAGAAACCCCCUUUAAUUUUUCAGGGUCUAAUAAAUUUGUGAAAAUGAUACAGUAAUUUUGCACAGAUUUGUAAAACCCGCUUCUAUUUUUUUUUCUGAAAUGGCAACCUAAUUGUUCCAAAAUUUACGAACCCUUUUAAUUUUUCUGGGUUUUUCUUUCAGAAUAAUGGAAGAUCAGGGGUUUUGUGUUGAAAAUUUGAAUUUAGUCAUAGUAGAAGGAGAAGAAGAAGAGGAAUUUCGAAGUUGUUGUGAGGAAGAUAGUGAAGAUGAAUGUUUGAAUGAAGAAGAUAGUGAAGAAUGUUUGAGUGAAGAAGAUAGUGAAGAUGAAUGUUUGAAGGAAGGAAAUAGUGAAGAUGAAUGUUUGAAGGAAGGAAAUAGUGAAGAUGAAUGUUUGAAGGAAGGAAAUAGUGAAGAUGAAUGUUUGAAGGAAGAAGAUAGUGAAGAUGAAUGUGAUGAAUUAACAGUAAAGAUGUGUUUUAAGGGUAUUUCAAUUGAUGGGUUUGGUGAAUCUUGUAGUUCUGGGUUUACUGGAAUUGGUGUUGUUAUUCAAGGUUCAAAAGAAUUUUCUGAUAUAAUUGUUCAGAAAAGGCUUGAAUUUUAUGUUGAUGGUUUAGUUGCUGAUUAUUUGGCUUUGAUGGAUGGUUUGCUUGAGGUUUUUAAGAGUAGUAACAAUAAUAUUAGACGUGUUUUCGCUACGACUGAUUCUAAGACUCUCUAUGAACAGAUCAUGCUUAAGGAGAGCCUUGUUAUUCCUCUCAUAGUAGCAUUAAGGGAGAGAAUACUUGAACUUGUGGGUCGGUUAGAUGCUUUUAGUUUGAAACAUGUCCCAAGUGUUGAAGUGGAGAGGCCUUUGCAACUGGCUCAGGUGGCAAUUGGUUUGUUCACCUUACAAGAGGAGAGUCAUGGUUCACUUCAAAAUUGUUCGUUAUGUUGUGAUGAUAAGCCAUCUUCAAUGAUGCUCACUUUAAGAUGCUCACACAAAUAUUGUUCCCAAUGCCUGAAGACCCAUGCUAAUGAAAAAGUAGAGGCUGGUCAAGUCCCCAUUGGAUGCCCUGAGAUAAGAUGCAACUACUUGCUCUCGAAAUCCGAAUGCAAGUUAUUUCUUCCAGUUAUUUCCUUUGAUGUUUUAGACAAAGCAAUAGAAGAAUUUAAUGUGCUUAGUUCAGAUAAAAUUUACUGUCCCUAUCAAAAUUGUUUGGCUCUGCUUGAUCCUAGUGAGGCAACCUCCUCAGAUGAAUCCAAUGGGUGUUGCAUUGAUUGUCCAGUUUGUCAGAGAUCUAUCUGUGUGAAUUGUGGGGUUCCCUGGCAUAAUUCAUUAACUUGUGGGGAGUAUCAAGAUCUUCCACUGGACGAGAGAGGCUCCUCGGAUCUUUCUUUGCACUGUUUGGCACAGGAUAGGGGAUGGAGGCGUUGCCAACAGUGCAGGAGGAUGAUUGAUCUGGCGCAAGGUUGUUACCACAUGACCUGCUGGUGUGGCCAUGAGUUUUGCUAUUCCUGUGGUGCUGAAUAUAGGGAUGGGCAAAAAACAUGUCAAUGUGCUUUCUGGGAUGAAGGUUGUUCCGAGGAUUCUGUUGGGCCUACCACCCCUGAGACUGACCAUUGGGCAUGGAAUUCAUUUGAUACAUUUCCCAUGAUCCUAGAUGCUUACUCUGAUCAAGAGCGUUCGCAACUGGCUAUCAUUCAGAGAUUCCUUGCUGGUGGCUUUAGCUUGAGUGACCAUCGCUCUUGUCAGUUGCCACCUCCACCAUGUACAGAUUCCUAUAUUGAUGCCAUGAAAGAUCUCCAUCAGCUUCCUUGGCUGGAGAGGUUUGUUUCUGUAAUAAGUGAUAAUUAUUAUGAUGACUACAUUCGCUAACACCGCUGUUAAGAUCAAUUGAGAUUGUAUUUCCCAAAUUCACUAUUGUGGGGAAGCAUUGGAGUUUCUUACUCUUUCGAAUUGUUUGAACUGCAGUGUUCGUAAGUGUACACUUUGAAUGUAGUUUUCAUUGAUCAUACAUGUGAUUGUGCCUCAUCACCUGUCUACGUCUGCUUUUGUACUCCUGCAAAAAUAUUCUAAUUUAUUUUCUUGUAAGAGUUUAAAGUGGAAAUCAUUGGCAAAACUGCAUUAGAGUUUAACAA